AUGGUGGAGGUUCCUUUGAACCAAAAAUACCCGGAAUGUGUUAUGUUUGAGAAUGAAAAGGGGUGUAUUACUGAACAAGAGAUUUACUAUGAGUGGAAGCCAAUAUUAUGUGAGCAUUGUAAGAUAUAUGGACAUGGUAAGCAAAAUUGUCGGAAACUAGAGGAAAGAACGAUAUCAAACAAGGAGGAGAAAACGAAUGUGGACCAACGACAGGGUAUGGGCAACAACAACCAUCCAGCAGUUCCAAAGGACAAAGAGAAAGGGAAAGCUAAAGAAGUAGGGGCUAUAGUACACAAAGGGACACAUCAGGCCGCUCAACAAAGUUAUAAGCCGAAGGAGAUAGCAGGGACGAGCAAUUCAUUUGCUUCUCUAGGUGGGACUUUCGGUGCGAAGGACCAAGAGAUGACACACAAAUUUGAGACUCGGCAGCAGCUCUCAAUGCCAAGCAGGGAAGCAAGGGCAGUUGAGGGUAAUGACAUGAACACUAAGAAGGGGAGGCAGAGGAAAAUCAGUCUAGAUAAAGGGAGGGUGUAUGGGUUCAACGAUCAAGGGCUAAGGAGAGAAUUGUGGCAACAAAUUGAGGGGAUUCAUGACAAGGUGAGUGGAGCAUGGGCCGUCAUGGGUGACUUCAAUUGUGUACUUAAUAGAGAAGAAAGGGUGGGCAGGCCGGUGACUCUGGCAGAAGUAAGGGAAUUUAAACAGUGUGUGGGGAAAUGUUCGUUGCAUGACCUCAAAUCGUCCGGGGCAUUCUACACCUGGAAUAACAAGCAUCGGGAUGCAACUAGAGUAUAUAGUAAGAUUGACAGAGUCUUGGUAAAUCCACAAUGGAUUACCAACCUACCUGCUUCCGAAGUACAUUUUGGUAAUGAAGGAUUAAUGGACCACUGUCCAACGAUCAUAAGCUGGGACAAUGGACAACACCAUGGGGGAAACAAAUUUCGAUACUAUAAUAUGUGGGGGCUGGCCGACAAUUUCAAGGAAAUAGUACAAAAGGAUUGGGAGAGGAAUAUCUCAGGUACAUGUAUGUUUAAACUGGUUGGGAAGUUAAACAUAUUAAAAGCAACACUGCGGGCAUUGCAUAGGGACAGAUUUAGCAAUGUGGAGCAGAAUGCAGGAAAGACUCGAAUGGCACUUGACGUCUGCCAAUCGGAACUGCAAAAUGACCCCACAAACGUGAACUUAAUGGUUGCCGAGAGGAGACUGGCUGAGGAGUACCAGUCAUGGAAAAUGGCAAGGGGACAAUAUCUACAACAAAAAUGCAAGGGGUUAUGGAAUUUUUUUCGAACUAGCAAACUGCUGAAAGCGUGGAACAACACAGUAAUUACACUUCUGCCGAAAUUUGAGCAUGCUGAAAAUGUUAGGGACUACAGGCUAAUAGCUUGCUGUAACACGAGUUACAAGAUUAUUUCUAAAAUGCUAUCUAACAGACUAAGGCAGGUGCUACCAAGUAUCAUAUCCCCAAACCAAAGCGCAUUUGUAUCCGGAAGAACAGUUGUACAAAAUGUCCUUAUAUGUCAAGAUCUGGUGCGACUAUACAACAGGAAGAACUCUCCUAGUAGUUGUCUGAUAAAGAUAAACUUGAAGAAAGCGUAUGAUACAGUGGAGUGGGCAUUCGUGAAGGAAAUGAUGCAUGCGUUGAACUUCCCUUAUCAGUUCAUCAGAUGGACUAUGGCUUGCAUAACUACACCACAGUUCACUAUAGCUAUCAAUGGAGGGUUGUAUGGGUGUAUAAAUGGGAGAAGAGGGCUGCGGCAGGGGGACCCCAUUUCCCCCCUUAUCUUUGUGAUAUGCAUGGAGUAUUUCACUCGGAUAAUGAAGGUGGUGGCGCAUCAGGUGGGAUUUGAAUUUCAUCCAAAAUGUAGAAGUUUGCAGCUGAAUCAUUAUGCUUCGCGGACGAUGUCCUACUGUUCAGCAAAGCUAGUAGAUCAGGUAGACGUACAAGGAAUGUGGAAGAUGGCAAGAAGUACUAAAGGGAGAAGGGGCAGGGAAGUGGCACUGACAGUUCUUGCAGCUCUGGUGAACUGGAUUUGGAAGGCUAGAAACAGACGUCUAUGGGACUUGAAGCUGUCGUCACCAGAUAUGUGGAUGCAUCAACUCGAAUAG